AUGGCCUACAGCGGAAUGGGACCUGACUUUAGGUUGCUGGUGACUAGAGCAAGGAAGAUAGCUCAGGAGUACCAGCUGAGGUAUGGGGAACCAAUCCCAGUGUCCCAGUUGGUACAGCGAGUGGCUUCUGUCAUGCAGGAAUACACCCAGUCAGGAGGAGUUAGGCCAUUUGGUGUGUCGUUACUGGUGGCUGGAUAUGAUGAGGAGACUCCAUAUCUCUUCCAAUGUGACCCUUCUGUCCGGAACCUUGCAGCUAGUUCGUCCUCAUCUCCCUCCGAGGCAACCGAGACCUCCACCUUCGGUGUGGAAUUGGUGGAAGCUCUCGGCAUCAUCCACGGCUCUCCCUCGGCUUACGAGCCCCUCGAGCAGGCCGCCACGGCUCAGGGACCUAGUCUGCAGGAUCCCAUCUCUCUCUCCAACGCCGAGUACAAGGACCUUGGCGACGCUCUCGCCUCCAUUCUCUUCGCCUCGUCUCCCCGUCCUCCUCCGAAUCAAUUGUCCGAAGCUGCGAUGUCGGAUUCGCAGCCGAGCGUCGAAGACGAUCUCUCGUGUUCGAGCGCGCAGUCUUCGCUCACGAGCCUGUCGACCGCCGACCCCGGCAGUCCAGCGGCGGCGGCUCACGGAAAGAGCCCCGCCUCCAGCGACAGCGAGGAGGAGAGUUCGGCUGGAAAACAAAAAACCAUCAAGCUUCCACAAAGAAAAGGUGGGAUGCAACUGUGGCAGUUCCUGUACGCUCUGCUGUCAGACCCUCAGCACAAGGACCUCAUAGAGUGGACUGAGAAUGUGAAGGAGAGAGAAUUCAGACUCCACGAGCCCGAGGCCGUCGCGAUCUGGUGGGGAGACCACAAGAACAAGAGAAACAUGAGCUACGACAAGCUGAGCCGCUCCCUGAGGUACUACUACGACAAGGGAAUCAUACGGAAGAUCAACGGACAGCGCUACGUGUACCGUUUCUGCGUGGCACCCGAAGUGAUGUACAGACACAUUGGCAACUCAGAUUGCAGACCUAAGCUCAAGCCGAUGUCAAUUGCUGCCCAAAACGCACUCUCAACGGCCGCCAACUACCAAAACAUGCCUUAUCUUCAGCCCGUGCAGCCUCAGCCCCUCCCCCUAGCUCUUUUCAAUCCUCCCUUUGUCCCUGCACCGUACCCUCCUCACACUGUCACCUACCCACCGUUCUCCCCACCAACUACUCUCGUACAGUCGCACAACUACCUCCCACCAGCCCCCACAAUCUGCAGUGCCAGUCCUCCUAGUUACAGGGGUUUCUCCCAGCCCACCUACACCCCCGAACUCACCAACUUCAACCCUCACCUCCUCUCCAACCAGCAACCUCCACAGUUCUCGCCAGACUACCCCAGCUGCUACCCAAUGGAGGAAGCUCAGUUCAUGCCUCAGCUCCUGAGUGAAGGGUCUCCGAGCCCUCAGCCAAUCUCCCCUGCCAGUGUUCCUCCCUCUUUCACCAACCAUUCCCCCCUCUCGCCCCCUCCCCCCUACGGCUGGAACUUUUCCCUCUCAUGAAAACAGCAGCAUCUAUAAUAGAUGUGGAAUUUCAAUUUUAUCUGAUCACUUUGUCACUGGUCGUCAUUUUUUCGUUAACGUUUCAUCACCAC